UUGUUUUUACUUCAAAUUAACAUUUUAUUCCUCUUGAUAAAGGACAUGUCUUCCCCAUUAAGUAUUGAUUUUGAAUCACCAUCUACAUCAUCAUUGGUAAGUGUUGGAGGUCUUACAGAUACUCCUUCUGAUACUGAAAUCUCCUUCACAUCUUCCAAUAAUCAGCAAACACUUAAUGUAUCAAAUUCAAAUGCAAUUAACAAUCAGCACCCAAAUUUGAAUCUAAUACAUCAAUCUUCUGAAUCGGUACAAAGUCUAGUACUCAACUAUUUGAACAAUUCAAAUGAAGGAAAAGGUAUUUUGUUUAAAUAUAGAGAAAGUGGAGUAUUAGAUAACUUGGGGAGAAGAAAAUUAUGUAAUUUAAUUGUCAGAAAAGAACUCGAAAAUGAACCAGAUAAAAUUGUAACCAGCCAAAAGCUUUUAUUGUUGUCUCAAGAAAUCACUUCUAUUUUUCCUAAGGAACAUAUUAGUACCUACUUUAUUCCAUAUAUGAGCUAUGGACCUACAAUCAAAAAAGCUGCAAAAGGAAAAUUGUUGGAUUGCUUCAAUAACCGCCGAAGAGAAUUUAAGAAAGCUGGUGUCAUAACACAUCAUUCAAGAGGGACCACAACUAUUAAACCAAUUUUCUGA